AACUAACCACAGUGGCUGUCAUUCAGAUUCAGUGCGGGAGUGAUUACGAGCAAAGUUUCAAAUGAGUUCCUCCCCGGCGAAGCUGCAGGAUCUGCCGCCGAAAGGUGGCUACCAGAGCAUUCCCUUUUCGAGGAUUCCAGCCAGGAAGUACUUCAAGGGAUGGCAAAUGAUUGCCGCCUACGCAGGAUUCACGACCUUCGGUUUGUCGUUGUAUUACCUGAACUGCAAGGAGAAUAAUCGCAACGAAAUCGAGAUGCGAUCGGCACGAAACGUGAUCUAUGCGCUGCUGCUGGCCGAGCGAGAUCGCGAAUAUCUUAAGCAGCUGCGGCGAAACCGCGACGAAGAAGCGGAACUGAUGAAGGACGUGAAGGGUUGGGAAGUGGGUACCUGGUAUGGUGAGCCGGUCUUCAAAACGGUGCCCAAGGAUAAAUUUUUGGAUCCGAGCUUCCAGGAGUUCUAUGUUCACUCCAGCUACAAGGAUAUGGCUAAGCGCAAGAACACGAAGCUGAUGACCUAAGCCGGGACCGCCUAUUUGGUUAUCUUGGGUACUGUGUUAUCGUCAGAUUCAGAAGUUUGUUUGAAGCAGAAACUUUAUUGAGUAAAAUAAAUCGUAGGUCUGUCAACAGUA